CAAAAGUCUUCUCCUCUCUUCACCUUCUUGUUGAACAUAAUGGCAAGACUUCUCUUUGUUCUUUCUCUCCUUUCCAUCCUCCCUCUUUAUCUCUGUGAUCAAAGCUAUGGAGGCAAACUAAACCCUGGUUACUACGCACAUUCAUGCCCCCAAGCCGGAGAGAUUGUGAGAUCAGUUGUAGCUCAAGCUGUUGCAAGAGAGACCCGUAUGGCUGCUUCCUUGAUGAGACUUCAUUUCCACGACUGUUUCGUUCAGGGUUGUGAUGGCUCCUUGCUUCUAGACAGCAGUGGGAGGAUUGUGAGUGAGAAAAGCUCCAACCCUAACAGCAAAUCAGCUCGUGGGUUUGAAGUAGUUGAUCAGAUCAAAGCUCAGUUAGAGAAAGAGUGUCCUGGAACUGUCUCUUGUGCUGAUAUUCUAACCCUAGCCGCUAGAGACUCCUCUGUUCUUACUGGUGGACCAAGCUGGAUGGUUCCAUUGGGAAGAAGGGAUUCAAGAAGUGCAAGCUUGAGUGGUUCGAACAACAACAUCCCUGCACCAAACAACACGUUCCAGACAAUUCUCAGCAAGUUUAAUCGUCAAGGACUUGAUGUUACCGACCUUGUCGCUCUCUCUGGGAGUCACACUAUUGGAUUCUCGAGAUGCACAAGUUUCAGACAGAGACUAUACAAUCAGUCCGGAAACGGUAGUCCAGACAUGACAUUGGAACAAUCCUUCGCUGCUAACUUGCGCCAAAAGUGUCCAAGAUCUGGAGGAGACCAGAUUCUCUCGGUGCUGGACAUAGUCAGCGCGGCAAAGUUCGACAACAGCUAUUUCAAGAACUUGAUAGAGAACAUGGGUUUGUUGAACUCGGACCAGGUUCUGUUCAGCAGUAAUGAUAAAUCGAGAGAGCUUGUAAAGAAGUAUGCAGAGGAUCAAGAAGAGUUUUUUGAGCAGUUUUCCGAGUCGAUGAUCAAGAUGGGAAAUAUCUCUCCCUUGACCGGUUCGAGUGGUGAAAUCAGAAAGGAUUGCAGGAAGAUAAACUCUUGAGUUCAGGAUAUGAGUAAAAUGUUUUUGAGGGGAAGAAAUGUGUGACACUUGUUUACUUUGUGUUUUUUUUUUCUUAUGUCAUUUGAAGUUUCAAGUUGUGUUAUUUUAGAUUUGUGUUAAACUAAGAAAAUAAUAUUAGAAUAUAUUUUAAAUUUUAACUAGAAUAGAACCAGCGCUUUUCCUAUUUUGACAAGCCACUUGAUCUAGACUCAAUGCUAGGAAUGAUUUGCCAGCAACUCAAAUCAAGGUUAUGCAAGAUCAAUC